AUGUCCGGCUCAAACCUUCAUGGUGCUCUUCUCCGACCUCCCAUCAUCCAAAUUCUACGAGCUCACGGCUUCCACUCAACACGACCCUCUGUUCUCGAAUCGCUCUCUGACCUGACGGCACGAUACCUCAUGAUUCUCGCAUCUUCGACUGCCGCGCAUGCUGCCAAUUCCCACGCAGAAGACCCGUCACCGGUCCUCGAAGACGUUUACCAGGCUCUCCAAGACGCGGGCGCAAUACGACCACAACUACGCGAGUGGGAGGAAGAAUGGGCGGGCGAAGAAGACUUACGCGGUCUCGAAUCGGUCCUCGGCUGGAUUACUGGCCCAGCACACCGCGAGAUCCGGCGCAUUGCGGGCUUUGUUCCCAGCGAAGGCGACAUGGUUGAUCCGGACGCGAUCGAGAAAGAGGAUUAUCUGACGGCAUUGAAGAAGAAGCACAGCAAAACUGGAGAAGAGUCGCGGUAUGCAGGGACGGUCCUGGGGAAAAACGCGGAAGAGCAUCCGAUUGUCAUUGAAGGUGGCGCGCCCAGUAUCCGAGAAUGGGGUACCCAGGCUCGAACGCGUGCAUCCGAGUCGGUUGAGAGCGACACCUCAGGCGUGAGCAGCGCGCCGAGUAAUCUGUCCGAAGAGGAUGAGAUGGAGGUGUGA